AUGGGACAAUCGCCGUCGACGCCAAAGAUCACGGCUCAGGAUCGCGCCAUAUACCAGCUCAAACAGCAGCGCGACAAGCUCAAACAGUACCAGCGAAAAUUGGACCAUGUCAUUGCUCGCCAGACCGAACUAGCACGAGAGGCACUUAAGCGCAACCAGCCUGAACGAGCCAAAGUUUACUUACGAUCCAAGAAACAGCAAGAGUCCACCAUUGCCAAGACUUAUGAACAGCUUGGGAACCUUGAGCAUCUUAUCGGGACCAUAGAGUUCAAGCUUAUAGAGAAAGAUGUGGUGCAGGGGUUGACGAUUGGCAGUGAUGUGUUGAAGCGAUUGAAUUCGGAAAUGAGUGUGGAGCGGAUCGAUAAGCUUUUGGACACCGUAGAUGAGGAAAACAUGAAGGCGGCGGAGAUCCUGGACAUGUUGGGAAUGACGGGACUUUCGCUUUCGAAUGGAGAGGAGAAUGAGGUUGACGAAGAAUUGCGUAGAUUGGAAGCCGAGGCCGGUAUUGCCAAGGAGAAGCCACAAGAGGCACAAAAGGAACAAGAAGCACCUAAAUUGCCCGAGGUUCCAAGCGACGAAAUCAAAGAGCAUCCCAAGCUUCCAGAUGCCCCCACGCAGCCGGUGCAAGAAACGGAAGCUAAGGAAGACAAAGAAGAAAACACUGCACUUGCCGCAUGGACACUCUACUGA